GCAGCGCGAUCUCGCGUGGCCCAGGUGAGCGUCCUGUGGAUUCAACAUGGCGGCCCUGUCCAGAGAUUUUGUCUUCGAUUCGCUGUUAUGUUACCUUAGCAAUCCUCUCUUUCAGGUGCCGAUUCAGUCUUUCAUGGAGAACCACUGUUUAAUAUUUGAUACAACGACUGAAGACUCCCCAGAAUACAGAAGUGUCCAUAAACAGUACAGAGAUUUGGUGGGUUCUCUGUUGGAAGCAUUCCAGGAAGAUACUAGACUGACCCAUGAUCAGAUAAUUAAGGCAAUGGCAAUCUUUAAUGCCGAUGCUGAGCUACAAUCAUUAUUUCAGGAGCUAUUUGAGCAAGUGCUAGCAAUGGAUGAUUUUCCUAUGUUUGUGCAUCUAAUGAUCAACAAAAAUAUUGAGCUGCAGAAGCAGGCUCUUAUGUUGAUCACUGUAAUGCACCGUGGUCAAGAAUCCAGUGAACUCAGACAUACACAGCAGGCAUCCAUGUGUACUCCAGCAGUAAGCAAUCAACAAGAUGAAGAGGAAAUUUUGAAAGCUGUGUUAGAGCUUUCCAGAAAGGAGUACGAGGCUCAAAAACAAACUGAGCAAGAGGAGGAAUACCAAAGUGCUAUCAUCAUAUCAAAAACAGAGGCAUUACGCCUGCAGGAGGAGUCAAACAAAGAACAAGAAAAACUGAAAUUAGCAAAGAAGAAUGCCACUCAGGCUGAAAAUAGCCCUCCACUAACACAGAAGCAUGACAGCCAGUCAUUGGUCAAACAACCUCUACAUAGCCUGGCAUCUAGCACGAAAGAUGCAGAAGACAGAGAUAAAUCCACUGGUGUUUCUCCUUCAAUUACAAGAAAUAAAGUAGCUUUUUCGCAGGAAGUAUCCCAAGACUUACCGACUAAGACUUCAACUAACGUAGCCACCCAUGGCCCACAUCUUUUUCAAGACAGUCAAAAAGGGCCAAGCAGUAAACAGGCUGCAGCACAGUGGCUGAAAGCUGCUGAGAAAGAAGUCAAAUCAUCUGAUGCCCACUCCAGUGCUGUGUAUGCGGCAGCUGCCAGCAUGGCAGGAAUGACCGAAGAAGAAUACAAAAAGAGGGCACAGUUCCUGAAAGAGCAGCGGGACAAGCUGAUGGAAAUGAAGCAAAGAGAACGAGAGAAACAACUUUUAUCUGCUGCUUCCAUUCAACCAUCACGACCAGCUUCAGCUCGCGCAGCACAAGCAGCCAUAAAGUCAGAAAAGGUGGAAGUCAUUCCAAACAGUGCUGAAGAUGACAAAAAGCUUGCUAUGCGAAAAACUAUUGCAGAUAGGCUUAAAUCUGAGCUGAUGGGUAAAAAAUAACUUUCAGAAAUAAUGUGAUAUUCUUUUUUGUGGCUUAGUGGUCAGGGGAUGGAACAUGAAGGGAAGAGAUCUUUCUAAAAUUGUGUUUUGUGGGAAAUUCCUUGAAAAAGAAAAAUUAAAGAAAAUAAAUAAUAAAAAUGUUAAUGCUGGUUUUCUCUUUAAAUCAAGCUUAGUAUUUGAUGUGUUCAGGGAGGACAGUAAAUACUCCAAGGACCGCACAGGCUUCCUGUCUCAUGGUACAUUUGAUAGAAGGGUUUUAUUUUAUUGCAGCGAUAAUGUGAAGUUCGUGAUUAUCAUUUGGUCCUACUUGCCUUCUCUAUCUUUAAUUAGAGUUGCACAUAAGAGAUCUGCUAAUGGCAUGAUGGUAGCACCAUGCUGAAUACUUCAGGCUUGUGGGGAUGGGGUGUCUCUACACCAAAAUAAGUUUUAUUUUCAUUUCUAAACAUUAGAAUUUCAAAAUUUCAGAAUUAUUGAUUGCACAAAGAUGUUGCAAUAUGUUUAUUGUAAAUACAGUACAACAAUUAUUUUUCAUAUGUAUACUUAUUGUUUGUUGGUCUGCUUGCUUUCCUACUCCCAGCACAUGCAUACCACUGUAAAGAGGGUUAUGUACAUUCAGUACUUACAAACUACUGUAUAUUGUACAUUGAACCUUAGGCUUUACGAGUGUUUUAUGUAUUUUCUUGCCUUCUGGCUUGCACACAUACUUUGUUCAUAAACUCCAGAAAUUACAGAACACUACUGCAUGUUUGUUGCUUCAAGCUUAAAAAAGAUAUAUCUCUGCUUUCAGUUGUUCGCUACACUGGUUACCCAUUUGUGCUCACAUUCAAUACAAACUAUCCAUUCUGUGCUUUAAUUUCUUUUCAGGCUGUUGCCAUUUUUCUCUGAACUUCUCAUCCCCUUCAUCCCAGCAUGAAACUCUACUUUUCAAUUGACAACCAUAUGCUAACUAUAUCUCUCACCAAUAUAACAAAAUUAUGUUACUGGAUGUCACUGGAUUUUUAGCUGCUGUGCAGCUAGACAGCACAAUUUCUUCGCUUUUGUGUCUGCCACUUCCUUAUCAUUUAACCUUUUAAAGGUGCAUUAAACAUCUCUUCAAUAAGCAGUUCUCCCACAACUGUCCACAUAAUGCUAGCUCAUCUACUAACCCUUAGUCUCACUUUGACAUCCAAUGACUACAGUCUACCUUUCUUAUCCCCCUCUACAAAUAAAUGUCACUCACUGUCAGUUGUCACUGUUUGUACCCCCAUUUCAUCUUCAGUGUUUGUCUUUUAUUACUUUGUCAGUACUGUUUCAUUCUUCAUUCCUUUGUAUCUUAUCCAUGUCCUAUUUUGUCUGAGAGCAUGCUCCUUCAAGAGCGUGGUCAUAAUAUAUAUAUAUGGUAUAAUUAUUAUUAUUUUUGUGGAAGGGUGGAGGUGUUCAUUAUUGUCUUUUGAUACUUUCCUUCAGUAUUACAACCUCCAUGUAACAUCCUGUUUGGCUUAGAAAGAACAUUUCAGUUUCACUUUUGCAGACUGUUACUAAAUCCAUCUUGAACUGUUACAGCCAAGCAGGAAAUAUAAGCUAGAAAUAGGAGAUGAUUUUAAUAUGUUGCUGCUGGUGUUAAUAUGAACAUAGUAAUAAAAUACCCCCUGGAUUAGAUAUACUGUGUAAUAGAGGCUGCUAUGGUCUCAGUAAGCAGUGUGCUUACAUUGUUCAUAUCAUGUGACCUAGAGUGUUCAUAAUAAUAAUGUUCAAAAUUUUGUUGAUGGAAAACUGAUUUUUUUUUUUAACUGUCUGUGUGGUUUAAGACACUUUAGUCUUACCCUCUCAUUUGCUUAAAUCCUUGUGAAUAAUGUUGGCACCCAAGCUGAUCAAGUUUGUGGUUGAUGAAAAGUGGUGUAAAAUGUGUGAACAGCAGGGAAAGGCAACCAUGGCUCCCCAAGACAAAAAAAAGAGCUUAAUGGUCCUGGCACAGAUCUACUUUUUGUGUUGUCAUAAUUUUGUACAUGGUUGCGACAUCAGAAGGUAGGAUUCAUAUCUUUGAGCUGCAUUUAAAAAAAUAGCUUAUUCGAAUACUUUAACAUUAGGAAGAAAAUUAAUGUUUUAGAGCUAGCAAAGGGCAUUGAUUGGGGAGAGGGGUAAAGGUUUAGGAAAAACUUAAUAUUUACAAAUUUUCAGUCUAUACACCCUCAUCUUGAUUUGGAAAUUUUUAUGCAUACCAUACAAAUGACCAAAACGAAUACAUGUUUUGAUGUAUAAUAAAUGAAUGAAACCAA